UGGGAAUAGGCGCAUUUCAAAUGACCCAGUCAGAUUUUAAGGUGACGUACGUGGUAAUACACAUGUAGUUUGUUUAUCUGUCAAUUCGUCGAGACAGAUGAAAAGGCCUCAAGAAUUCAAAAAUAGUUUGGUGGCUGCAGCUUAGUGGGGAUGUUGUCUGCUUAGUGACUCGGAGGGGUCGGUAUUGAUCCUUUACGUCGUGUUUCCAUCUCCAUCUUGAUAAGGGUCGUUCAGUGACGGUUUAAUUAACAAUUGGAGCUUUAAAGAAGAAUUAAACUUUCUAGCAAAGUUCUUUUUUAUGAACAAAUAAUACAAAAUUCAAAUUAUUUUGGAAUGCCAACUUGGAAAGGUUUGGUUCUCUUUGUUUGUAUUUGGUGGACCUUUUCAAAUGCUCAAUCCAUUGAACAUGAUUUACAACUGUUACGACAAAUUUUUGUUGCGAAUAUACGAGACAAUAUUGGCCAUGGAUCUGAUAUAACAAUAAGCCAUCUUGAUGCCUACUUUCACAAGCAUGCCAUCAAAAUGUCUAAAGAGUCUAUAAAAGUGUGCUACAACACCUCAACAUCGCCGCCAGUAUUGGACGAGAAGUGUCUACUGGAUAAGUGCCUGAACCCUAAGGAUGUGUAUGAGCUGUCUGGUCUGUCCAGGAACAACACCGGGGCUGAGGUGGCCACGCUGAGCACCAUCCUGCUGCACACCCUGGAGAACAGCGAAUGUGCGACCCAUGAAAAACACCAGCGCCCCUCACAGGCUGAAGCCUGGGGAUUUGGCAUCCUGUGCACAACGGUGAUCAACAUUUGUUCACUGGGCGGAGUUAUUGCCCUUCCGUUCAUCCAUGGUGACAUGUACAAAAAGGUGCUUAUAUACAUGGUGGGUCUAGCCGUUGGGACCUUGGCAGGCAGCAGCCUUCUGUUCCUCAUACCUGAGGCUUUGGAGCUUACAGAGCAAGAGCUAGACAUCAACAGCCAUGUGUGGAAGAGUAUGGUCGUUAUAGUUGGAAUCUUUGCCUUCUUCAAUAUUGAGCGAAUCCUAAAAAUGAUUACAGAAUGGAGAGAGAAGAACAACGACAGAACACAAACUACGGGCACAUCAAUGGACUUCUCAUCAUUUCAUCAAACCAGGAACCCGCUGCCAUAUAAAAACGUUGAUGGUCUGCCUCAUCUUUCACCGUGUGGCGAAAACGAUUCAUCAGGCUCGGACAAAGACAGUACAGGGACUUCAAGCAUUUCUUUGACAGAAAUAGACCAGGUGCGGGAUGAAAAUACACAGGAGGACUUGCCUAUCAAUGCCGGGAGGCCUCAACAUCACCACAGCCACAGAAAGGUGAAGCCAGUGGCCUGGAUGAUCAUAUUUGGUGAUGGCCUUCACAAUUUCAUUGAUGGCAUAUCAAUAGGUGCUGCGUUCACAGAGAGCAUACUUGCUGGCGUUUCAGUCUCGAUUGCUAUAUUUUGCGAGGAGUUACCCCAUGAAUUAGGUGAUUUUGCUGUGCUGCUGAAUGCUGGCAUGAAGAUGAAGAAGGCGGUCCUGUACAAUUUUAUGUCCGCCUGCAUGUGUUACUUGGGUCUCAUUGUGGGGAUAAUCCUCGGUGAAAACACAGCUGCACAUACCUGGGUGUUUGCGUUUGCUGGCGGAAUGUUCCUAUAUAUAUCGCUGGUCGAUAUGAUGCCGGAAAUGAAUGCUGCCACGGAAGUAGAAGAUAACAAGAACAUGAAUCACUUCGCUAUAUAUAUACUGCAGAAUCUAGGACUCCUUACUGGCUUUGCAUUAAUGGUGAUAAUGGCAAUAUAUGGAGGAAGUCUAGAAAAUGCAAUCAAGGGCAUCUCAUAAAAUGUCUAGUAUAGCUUUCAAACACUAACAAUUGCCACUUGCCAUUAUGAUUUUCAUAAGUUGUCUUCAUCCUGGAAUGUGUUUAAGUAAAAAUGAAAAUAUGCUAUUAACUUAGUGUUAUAAUUGGUUUUAUUCUGUAAAAUCCAUUGUGAAACAAAAUCCAUUGUUAAUGUAGGACAAAAUUCAGUUGUGUACAUAAUGAUAAUAGUGUUUACAUGCAAGUAUCAAUUUAUUGUUGACAAGCUAUACAGGUAAAAAGAAUUCCAUUGCUUUAAUUGUGAUUUAUAGUCAACUUUGUACACAAAAAUCAGAUUGGCAUUUUAUGUUUGGUUUCAGUUUUCUUUAUUAUAGUUUUUUAAAUCUAUGAAUAUCUUAUACAAGAUUUGAAAGGGAAAAUAUUUGUAUGCCCCCAGUAGGGUGGCAUAUAGCAGUUGAACUGUCCGUCAGUCAGUAUGUGUGUAUGUCAGUCUGUCCAUCCGUCAAAAAAAACAACAACUAACGUUGGCCAUAACUUUUGCAUUAUUGAAGAUAGAAACUUGAUAUUUGGCAUGCAUGUGUAUCUCAUAAAGCUGCACAUUUUGAGUGGUGGAAGUUCAAGGUCAAGGUCAUCCUUCAAGGUCAAAGGUCAAACAAAAUAUAUAAAAAUUUCAAAGCUGCAUUCUCAUGAAGCUGCACAUUUUGAGUGGAGGAAGUUCAAGGUCAAGGUCAUCCUUCAAGGUCAAAGGUCAAAAAUAAUAAUAAUUUUUUUAAUUUCAAAGCGGCACAAUAGGGGGCAUCGCGUUUCUGACGAACACAUCUCUUGUUAUAUACUACUUUUACAGGGCUUUUUUUUGGGGCUCCUGUUUAUAACUAAUAGCAAUUAAAUUUUAUGGUUUUGGCAUUUUAACACAAAUCAUGUUUAACAAAUAAUAAACGAUUCCUACUUGUAUUUAGUAAAUUAAGAUUUUUUUGGGGACUCAUUUUUUGAUGUCUUUUAGUCUUAUUUUAUACAUUUUUUAUUUUGUGUAUGCCCUUUAAAGAAAGACAAUAAUUAUGGGAACAACUGUUUAGAGCAGGUAGGCAACAUACAGGAGUUACAAGUCUGCUCUCUAUUUCAAAAAGUUUAAUAGAUCUAGAGGAUGUUUUUUGGAUUUGGUGGAAUACCGAUUUUAAUUCACAAGUGAUCAUAGAAAAUGAUAUUUUCUCAAGUGGCGCAGCGACGAGUGAACAAUUUUUUUUUCUUUGAUCAGUAGUGAAAGUAAAAUCAAUAUUAAAACAAAUCCAACAAAUUUUCUUUUUGUUUUAUGCUUACAAAUGACUAUUUUUGUUAUUCCGGACAAUAUAAUUUUCCAUUGGGGGCCCCAAAAUGUUGUUACAUGUAUUUUCAAAGGAAGCUAAUCUGUAUGUUUUUAUAAACAAUAAAUGCAGAGUAGUUGCCCUUGGUAACAUUUGGGGUUACAAUAUAGAAACCAGAUAUCUAAAAAUAGUUCCGGUAAAACAAUGAAAAUCAUUGAUAAUUUUCACUGUAAUUUUUCAAUGUUUGUAUCAAUUAAAUAUCAGAUUUAAUUCACUGAUAUUUCUCUAUAAACCAUCGGAAAGCAUUAAAUAAAAUUGGGUCAUCUGUGAAAAUAACUUGAGUUUUCAUGCAACCAGCUGGAGCAAGAUGACGCAAGAUAAAGGUUUGCUACUUUCAAUAAGACAACAUUUCCAACUUUUUAUCUUGAGUUUUAUUAUCGGAGAAUUGUGCAGAAAUGAUGUGCAUUUGUAGUUUACAUGCAUACCUAGUUUCAUGUUGUAUGCAGACAUAGCUUUUUGUUGCACUUUGGGCUAUUCAAGUCAAGGUCACUUUUACUUUAAAAAAAAUGUAUUCAUUGAAUUUGGAUGGCGGAAUGUUUAUGAAGUUGUGUGUUUAGGUAGCUUACCUGAGAUUACACAAUCAUUACAUUCAGAAGACCAUUGAAGCAUGGAAACCUGAUCUUUGUGUCUGUAUGUUUCUUGUUGUCUCCAGCUCUUUUACGACAAGUUAUUACAUCCUUCACUGAUCAGUGUUUUCAAGUUCUUGUAAAGCACACAUUUUGUGACAGGUUGACACUCCUGUUACUACAUCUAGUUCCACAAAUGGACUCGCUAUAUACACUAAAUAUACACUAUAUACAACUGUAGUGCAUAGUUUUAAUCCAUAAUGUAUACAAAAAGUAAACUCAUAUUCAGAAUCUCACAGCAUUGUAAGAUAUGCUAUUUAAAUAAAUAUUGAAAGUGUGACUAGUACAUGAUUUAUUUUAUUUUUUACUGGUUAAUGUUGUAUCUUCAUAUUUGAUAGGCAGAUAUGUGGUCGAAAUCUAAUAGGUUUAUAUUGAUGUUAUCAAAAAAAGUAAUGCUAAUGUUUCCAAUAUUUAUGCCCCAAGCAUCCGAAGAUGAUGGGAGAUGAUAAAGCCUUUGGUCUGUUUGACUUUGGUGGUUUGUUUGUCUGGUUAAGUCUUCUGUUUGUACAAGGUUGACCCAAAAUGACAUGUUUUGUAAAACAUCAAUAAUGCUAACUAUAAAGUUUUGAUACUUGAGUGAAUGAUGUCUUGAACAUGUAAACAUCUUCUGGCCUCUUUUGGACCUUAGUAUGGACCUUCUUUUGGACUUGCAUGUAGACUUAUUCAAAUGGUCAAAAUUCUUCAAUAAUCAAAAUUACCUUUUAUUCAACAUAAAUACCACUUGCCACAAAGCUUUGGUACUUCAAUGGAUGAAAUCAAUAAACACUCUACACACCCACAGCAGCUAAUUUCGACCUUGACAUUUUCCAUAUUUUACUUUUAAUUAUUUUGGGUCAACGUGAUACUUUUGGGGCAAAUGGUUUUUUUUAGUAUUCAUUAUUUGUUUAACAUGUUAUUAUCUUAUGUUGUUUUUGUAGAACAAUGUUACCGGGAUUUUGUAAUCAAAUGAAGGAAUGACUGUGAUUGAUUGACAUUUUGUGUUUGUAUAUCUUUUAAAAUAGUGUGCAUUCUAUGUGUUUUCUUACAAUCUAUUCCCUUUGUUAAAGCCUCUAUAACGCACAAAAUGAACGAAAAUUUCAUAAAGUAUUGCGUAAAAUAUAGUUAACACCUUAGCAAUCGGUGUUCAUUAUAGAAAUAGCCACAAUUUCAAAGCUAGAUGUGGUAUGAUUACAUAGAUUUUUUGUAGAUACAAAAUGCUUGUUUUUAUUUAUUUGUGACACAAUUAAUUCCAUGUUAAUUGCCAGCGAAUAUAUCUAUUCAUACGACACACAAACACUAAAAUGGUACCAUGUUGCCAUUAUGCAAAACAAUAAUAAAAGCGAGCAUUUGGUAUCUAAAAACAUCUAUUUUACCAGACCACAUCUGGCGUUGAACUUUCGGCAAUUGCCAUAAGGAACAAUGAUUUUUAAUUGUUUAGCUUUAUUUUAUGAAAUAUUGUACGAAAUUUUCGUUGAUUUUGAGUAGUAAUGUUACUUUUAAGUGGUUGUUUGUUAAUGAUUUCGUUGAUUUUUCAUUCGUUUAUAUGUACACAUAUGAGUAUAAAUUAUUUUGUCCAUAACUGUAGACAUGUUGGCACACUUUGAGUUGGUGUGAUGUUACUGUAUCUGAUUUGAAAAUUAACAUCCAAUAUUUUUCACAAUCUUGACUAGGAACUAUUUUUUUUUUUAUUUCAAUCAUUUCAAUAGUUAUGCCCCCGGUACGAGGGCAUAUAGUGAUCGGACUGUCCGUUCGUCUGUCCGUCUUUCCGUCACACUUUAGGUUUCGAAAAAUGCUCAUAACUUCCAUGUCCCUUGAGAUGUAACCUUCAUAUUUGGUAUGCAUGUGUAUAUGGACAAGGCCUUUCCAUACGCACAAAAAUUUUGACCCCUGUGACCUUGACGUUGAACUUGGGGUCCGCGUUUAGGUUUCGAAAUCUGUGUUUAGGUUUCGAAAAAUGCUCAUAACUUCUAUGUCCCUUGAGAUAUAACCUUCAUAUUUGGUAUGCAUGUGUAUAUGGACAAGGCCUUUCCAUACGCACAAAAAUUUUGACCCCAGGCCUGUGACCUUGACGUUGAACUUAGGGUCCGCGUUUAGGUUUCGAAAUCUGCGUUUAGGUUUCGAAAAAUGCUCAUUACUUCUAUGUCCUUUGAGAUAUAACCUUCAUAUUUGGAAUGCAUGUGUAUAUGGACAAGGCCUUUCCAUACGCACAAAAAUUUUGACCCCUGUGACCUCGACCUUGAACUUAGGGUCCGUGUUUAGUUUUCGAAAUCUGCGUUUAGGUUUCGAAAAAAGCUCAUAACUUCUAUCAAGCGUUUAUAGGGGGCAUAAGUCAUCCUAUGGUGACAGCUCUUGUUUUGAAAUGUUAUUUAUACAACGAUGCAGUGUCCUCAUUCAGCAUAGUAAAUGAUUGAAAAGGUAGAUAUACUAUCAGUAAAUGUUAAUAGUACUGAUACUGUUGCAAAUGCUAAUUAUAUGUGCCGUGUUCUGAGAAAACUGGGCAUAAUGCAUGUGCGUAAAGUGUCGUCCCAGAUUAGCCUGUGUGGGGAUAAGCCUGUGCAGUCCGCACAGGCUAAUCAGGGAUGACACUUUCCACUUUUAUGACAUUUUUCAUUUAAAUGAAGUCUCUUCUUAGCAAAAAUCCAAUUUAGGCGGAAAAUGUCGUCCCUGAUUAGCCUGUGCGGACUGCACAGGUUAAUCUGGGACGUCACUUUACGCACAUGCGUUAUGCCCAGUUUUCUCAGAGGGAGACUCAAUGUGUAAACAUUCCUCUUUUAUAAUUGUAAACAUGUAUAUUCUAUCCACAAGACUUGUAUUUGGCCUUGUCAGUAGUGUUAGACUAAUCAUGCUUUUGCAAACAAUAUUUAAAAAUACAUAGUGUCGAAUCCAAAUGUGUGUAAUUAUCUAGCAUUAUAUUUUUGAAUUAAAUUGCAUGCACAAAGCAAUAAAAUUAUAAUAAUUAGAGCAGAAGACAGUUUAAACUUAAUCUACCUGGAAGCUUUGACUGUCUUACAUAUAUGGAGCAUGUUAAUGUUGUUUUACGCAACAUAUCUGUGUCACCAUGUUGUCAUCCAAGACCUAUGGUGGAUAUGGUCAAAGCCUCUAUAUUGCCACUUAAAGUCGGAUUUUCACGCAUUUGUAGUCCCUCAAAAAAAUAUUUUUAAUUAAAGUAUUUUCUUACGAGAUUCAAGUUUUUAAGGCAUCAUCUCCAAACCUUAGAUACUGAUGAGCAGCAAACAGCAUAAAACCUGAACAGACUGCGAGUUAACCCAAUAAAUGACAUUGCAAGAGGUUAACCCCAAAAAUGACAUUGCAAGAGGUUAACCCAAAUAAAGACAUUUUAAGAGCUUAACCCCCAAAAAAUUUUUUUUGUCUAACAUCAAAAUCGUUUGCUAAACAGCUUUCAUACUUGCAUGGAUGAUGUCUUUGAACACUAUCAAAACACCCGCAUCAACUGUCUCAUUUUGACCUCAAUAUUAACCUCAUUUUGGGUUUAGGCUUAUUCAGAAGGUCCACAUUCUUAACAAAGCCAGAAUGAUGUUUUUCGUUAAACAUCAUUAUGUCUUGCUACAAAGCUUUGAUAGUUGCAUGGAUGUUAUCUAUGAAUUUCUAUACAGCCCACAUCACCUGAAUUUAUUUUUACCUAUUAUUGGAUUGAGACAAAUUUAUAAGGUAAAAGUUAUUGACGUAGCCAAAUUGACUUUUUAUUUUACAUCAAUAUUACUUACUGAAAAGAAUCACUUAAACAAUCACCCCACACACUUCACCUGGCCUCAUUUUUACCUUCUUUUUGAUUUAUUUAAAUGGGACAGUCAUUCUAUUCUGACAAGUCUCUCACCAAGGGAAUACGUGUUUAUUAUAUGCAGCAUCUUGUUAUGUAGUUGAAUAUCUGGUCCUUUCAAUAUACUUGCAUGUUGCAUUGGUGUAUUGAUGUAGUUUUAAUAUGCACAUUUUUAGUUUGCCUCAAGUCAUUUUGUUUAAUGGCUGAUUUGUUAAAUAUACUAGUAUGCAAAAGUGGGACAAGAAUGCGUUGUCACUACAGUACAUCAGAUACGACGUGCCCCAAGUCAUUACAAUGAAUAUCUGAUCAAUUUCUAGUAUGUAAAAGUGUUAUAUGAAUAUGUUUUUCCAAACCUGAAGUUAUUUUGACAUUGAGCCUCAUUUAAGAAAUAACUUUUCUACAUCAUAGCUCUAGUUUACACAAGAGGUACAUUCAACAUGUCUUAAUGAUAUUAUAUGCCUCAAGCUUUAAAAUAACAACUCAAUCACAUAUACAUUUAAAUGCUUGAAUGAUUGUUUCUGACAUGUUAUGAGUCGCGUUCUGAAAAAACUGGGCUUAAUGCAUGUGCGUUAAGUGUCAUCCCAGAUUAGCCUGUGCAGUCCGCACAGGCUAAUCAGGGACGACACUUUCCGCUUUUAUGGUAUUUUUAGUUUCAAGGCGGAAAGUGUCGUUCCUGAUUUGCCUGUGCGGACUGCACAGGCUUAUCUGGGAUGACACUUUACACACAUGCAUUAAGCCCAGUUUUCUCAGAACACGACAUUUAUAUACAUUGUUGCUACUGGGGCUUUACCUAUUUAAAUAUUCAAAUGGGCAUAUUCACAUAGGUGCUAUGUGGCUUUGCAAUGUUAAAAUAAGGUAUAUUAUAUAAAAAUAAAACACUUAAAUACUGAGCAUCAUUCCAUUAACUAAGUUUUAAUCUAUGACUCUUAAUUUUAUCUGCAAGGUCAGAGUUUGAUCACAUGUUUAAUUGUUUCAACUGGACAUAUUUAUUUUCUCUGUUGCAUUAAGAUUAUAAAUAUAUUGUUCAUCAGUGUUCAUUCACACUACAUUAGGGCUAAAAUUUGAUGAAUGUGGUUCAGUUUAUUUGGUAACAGAGGGUGCGCAAUUUAUUCUUUGGGAUUUUAAGCGAUCUGUUAUGUGUUCUAUUUUAGAAAAUAAUAGAAAAAAUAAAACUUACACAAAUAUAU